AUGGACAACAGGUCAUGCUGCCUCAUGGAGGGGGACCCCAUCUCCCAGGUGAUGCCACCGCUGCUCAUCCUGGCCUUCGUGCUGGGCGCCCUGGGCAAUGGGCUCGCCCUAUGUGGUUUCUGUUUUCACAUGAAGACCUGGAAGCCCAGCACUAUUUACCUUUUCAACUUGGCCGUGGCUGAUUUCCUCCUCAUGAUCUGCUUACCCUUGAGGACAGACUACUACCUCAGACACAGACACUGGGCUUUCAAGGAUAUUCCCUGCCGCCUGGUGCUUUUCACGUUGGCUAUGAACAGGGCUGGCAGCAUCAUCUUCCUUACGGUGGUGGCCGUGGACAGGUAUUUCAAGGUGGUCCACCCCCAUCACAUGGUGAAUGGCAUCUCCAACCGGACUGCAGCUGGUCUGGUCUGUAUCAUUUGGACCUUGGUCAUCCUGGGAACUCUGUAUCUUCUGAUGGAGAAUCACCUGUGUGUGCAAGACAAUGUCCUGUCCUGUGAGAGUUUCAUCAUGGAGUCAGCCAAUGGCUGGCAUGAUAUCAUGUUCCAGCUGGAGUUCUUCCUGCCCCUUGGCAUCAUCUUAUUUUGCUCCUUCAAGAUGGUUUGGAGCCUGAGGCAGAGGCAGCAACUGGCCAGACAGACUCGGAUGAAAAAGGCCACCCGGCUCAUCAUGGUGGUGGCUGCCGUGUUUAUCACAUGCUACCUGCCCAGUGUAUUAGCCAGGCUGUAUUUCCUCUGGACAGUGUCCUCCAGUGCCUGCGACCCAUCUGUCCACUUAGCCCUCCACGUCACCCUCAGUUUCACCUACCUGAACAGCAUGCUGGAUCCUUUGGUAUAUUAUUUUUCAAGUCCGUUCCCCAAAUUCUAUACCAAGCUCAAAAUCCGACGUUUGAGAUCUAAGCAGCCACGCCACUCAAAGACACGAAGGCCAGAAGAGCUGCCAGUUUCAAACCUCUGUCGUAAGAACUGCAUCAGCGUGGGUAACAGUUUCCAAAGGCAAACGGGUGUGCAGUGGGACUUCCAAGUGUGCUGA